AUGUCUAAUAAUGAAAAUGUUGAUGAUGCUGGUGUUGGUGCUGAUGACGGCGGUGGAACUACACGUCGUAAGAAACAAAAACAAAUUAUAUGGGAAGAUGAGCAUGUUGGGGUAUUCUUGGAGCUUCUCGAUAUUGAGUUGGCUAAAAUUAGAUACAGACAAAAGUUACCGAAAGAGGUAGGGAGAGAGCGUAUUUGUAAAGAGUUUUUGGAGAAAACUGGUAUAAGCCUUUCUUGGGAGCCUUUCAAAAGCAAAUACGAUAUAUUGAAAAAUAUGUAUGGAUCGUAUAAAAGGCUCAAGAAUUUUACUGGAGUUUCAGCAGAUGACAAUACCGGUUUGAUUGAGAUGGAUUCUGAAUGGUGGGACGAUCGCGAAAAGGAGAUUCAAUAUGCAAAAAAGAUCCGUGAAAAUGGGAUUCCACACAUGGAACUUAUGAGACGGAUAUUUGGACGUCAAGGCAGUAAACCAGAAGCUAUGUACUCAACUCAUGUGCAAGAUGCUGAACAAAAUGAGCAACUGGAUAAAUCAGUUCCAGAAACCCAAGACAACGAUGGAGACCAUACAAAUGAUGUGCAUCACCACUCACAAACCAUUUCACUAGACUCUCCUCCAAGGUCACCUAUUGGUCCAUCAAAGUGGUCAAACAGAAAACAGGCACGUGUUGCUCCAUACGAAAGCGGUCGAGGGAAAGACGUUGCACUCAGCCGCGAGAAGAACAUCCCACGAAGAAGAAAGUCAUUUGAAAAGGAGAUAAAUGAGCAGUUCAAAGAAAUGAUGGAAUUACGUCGUUCUCAAGUUGCAGAAGCAAAAGAGCGCAGAGAAAAAAAUGACGCUCAACCAUUUAAAGAGGCAUAUGAAAUCUUGAAAUCAAUUCAAGGUCUAACAAGGUGGACAGAUUUUUGGUGGGCUUGCAUCAAAGUACUAAAAGAAGAUCCAUUUGCCAGAGAAAUGAUUUUCUACAAUGAGAGUGAUCAUGAUAGGAUUACCUUUUUGGAGGGUUAUACAGGAUAUGAUCUUCAUUGA